GAAGUCUGGGUCGAAAAGUGUGUCACUGAAAAGCACAGCAGAGAAGUGGAAGACAUGAAAUUUCUGAAAAUUUUCUUUGAUUCCAGUUCUGCUGUCUUCUCAGCUGCAAGAUCCAGCAGGAGAUUUUACAUUUAAUCACGAUAAGAUUUUUCCAAAGGAUGUUAGAAGGGGAAGAUUUGCAGUUGGGAAAUUCAAGCCAAACAUCAAAUCAGGAUGUGAUGGAUUUGCUCAGUUUGUCACAACCUGAAUAUCAGCAGAUAUUGAACAUGGAAGAAAAAGAAUCCAUUUAUAUCUGGGAAAAAGCACAUUUGUGUUCCUUGUGUGGACACGGCCUCAAACAAUCUUCUGACCUGAAGAACCACAAGUGCACUCACACUGGGAAGAAAAGGUGGCAAUGUGGGCAUUGUGGCAAAGAAUGCAGGUGCCCUUCUGAGCUGGAAAUUCACCAACACAGCCACACAGGGGCAAGGCCAUUCACCUGCUCGAAGUGUGGUAAAGGAUUCAUGCAGCCAUCCACCCUACUCACACACCAACGAGUUCACACUCAGGAGAGGCCUUUUCAAUGCCCAGAUUGUGGGAAGUACUAUAAAAGUUCCAGCAAUCUGAUGUCCCAUCAACGUGUUCACACUGAUGAGAGGCCGUUUAAAUGCCCAAACUGCAGGAAGUGUUUUAAAAGUUCUGGCGAACUUAUGGCUCAUCAACGUGUUCAUACUGAUGAGAGACCCUUUAAAUGUUCAGAGUGUGCAAAAUGCUACAAAAGUUCUGGCGAGCUGAUACGUCAUGAACGUGUUCACAAUGAUGGGAGACCUUUUAAGUGCCCAGACUGUGCAAAGUGUUAUAAAUGUUCCGGGGAACUAAUGCGUCAUCAACGUGUUCACACUAAUGAGAGACCUUUUAGCUGUGCAGAUUGUGGGAAGUGUUAUAAGAGUUCUUGGGAACUGAUGUACCACCAACGAGUUCACACUGACGAGAGACCUUUUAAAUGUCCAGAUUGUGGGACAUGCUAUAAAAGUUCAGGGGAAAUGAUGCGUCAUCAACGAGUUCACACUGACGAGAGGCCUUUUAACUGCCCAGAGUGUGGGAAAUCCUAUAAAAGUUCUGGGGGACUUCAGUACCAUCAACAUGUUCAUGCUGACAAAAGAUCUUUUCACUGCACAGACUGCGGAAAGUGCUUUAAAACCUCCGGAGAACUAAUAGUCCAUCAACGUAUUCACACUGAGGAGAGACCAUUCAGAUGCUCUCACUGUGGGGCUAGGUUCAGGUGGUCAUCUGACCUCACUGUACAUCAAAGAGUUCACACUGGGGAGAGACCAUUCUCCUGCAUGGAAUGUGGGAAGAGAUUCAUACAGUCAUCCCAUCUGCUGAGACACCAGCGUGUUCACUCUGAGGAGAGACCAUUCAACAGCACUAAGUCUGGAAAGAGAUUCACUGAAACAUCUGCCCUGCAGGCCCACCAGUGAAUUCACACAUAGGAGAGGCCUCUUAAAGACCCAGGCUGCAGGUCAUGCUGUAAAUGGUUGUGUGAACUGAUUAUGUCAUCCACAAGAAUCUGAAUCUGACUGGGGAAAAGGAUGGAAACGUCAAUUGGAAGACUGAGAAUGAGGUGAAUGGAAUAAGAGGGAAGAGAUAAAUCAGCAGGAAUUGGACUGAAUGACCUGUCUGCUCAUUUCAUGUUCUAAGUAUUUCAGUUUAACCUCCUUUUACAGGAUAUUUUUGUGUUGUAUUUCCAAAUCAGAAUCAACACAUCAAGAUCUGACAGAGUGACCCAAUUCAACAGGACCUGAACAUUACUGGCACCCCCGAAUGUGGAAGGUGAAACGCUGUCUGUGAGAGGAGAUUUUAAACAUCAGUGUGACUACAAAACCACCAAGACACACACAAGUGUGAGAGUGUUCCAGUGCACUGACUGUCGAAAGAGCAUUAACUAUGCAGCCUGAAAAAUAAUUACACCCUCCACAAUGGAGAGAGACUGUCCAUGUGUUCUGUCUGUGCAGAUCAGUUUCAGUCAGACAUUGAACCUGGAAUGACUUAAGGAGAGCAACACCACGGAGAAACCAUGGGAAUGUGGGGACGAUGGGAAAGGAUUCCGUUAAUCCUCAAAGUUGGAAACUCAUCAAGCAAUCACAAUGGAGAGAGGCUGCUCGGUGUAUGCGAAGCAAUUCACUCAGUCAUCGAGCCUGUACAUACACCAGCACAUUCACACCGGGAAGAGGCCAUUCACCAGCUCCAUGUGUGGGUAGGGAUUUAAUGCUUUAUCAACCCUUUGGACUCAUGAGCAGAUUCAGUCUGAUGAGAGACCCUUUAAAUGUUCUGACUGUGAGAAGAGUUUUAAAAGCGGAUAGGAUAUAUUGAUACAUCAACAUAGAUGUAUCAACACACUGGGGAGGAGACCAUUCACCUGCAAAGUGUGUGGGAAAGGAUUCAUUCAGUCAUUCCACCUCCUGACCCACCAACUUAUUCAUAUUGAAGAGAGAUAUUUUAAAUGUUCUGACUGCAAGAAGACCGUUAAACGUAGAAAGGAUGUACUGAACUACUAACACAUUCUAACUGGGGAGAAACCAUAAUCUGCUUUGUGUGUGGGAAAUCUAUUAUAAGAUUAGAUUAGAUUCCCUACAGUGUUCAAACAGACCA